AUGGCACCCAAAAUUUUGCUUACUGGAGUCACUGGUUUCGUUGGAGGUACUGCCUUUUCCAAAAUACACGAUGCCCACCCGAAUUAUGACUAUACCCUGUAUAUCCGUAGCGAAGAUCGUGCAAAUAUCAUCUCGAAGAAGUAUCCCAAUGUCAAAUUCGUGUAUGGGGACCUCGCGAGCACCGAUGUGAUUGAGAAGGCGGCGUCUGAAGCUGACGUGGUUGUUCACACCGCAGAAUCUGCAGACUCGCUCCCAGCGGCAAAAGCAAUUGAAAGAGGGCUUACCUCUGGUCAUUCAAAGGAAAAUCCGGGAUACUACAUCCAUCUUUCGGGAGCAGGUAUCCUGACCUGGUAUGAUCUCAAGAAUCAACGCUGCGGUAUGCCACCUCUACCAGAGCAGAGCUACCAUGACAUCAACGACAUUGAUCGUAUUUUAAACCUACCCAAUGAAGCGAUCCACAAGGAUGUUGACAAUGCUGUCCAGAGUAUUGACUCAGUUCCUCAUUGCUUGGCUCGAGCAACAUUUGAACUUGGCUACACACCUUUCGUUGGAGCUGGACAGGCAAAAUGGGACUACGUUCAUGUAGAGGACCUCGCAGAAUUUUUCAACAAAGCUAUCGAAGCAACCCAGGAUUCCUCCAUGAGAGAAGACCCUGAAGUAUGGGGCAAGAAAGGGUACUACUUUGUCAGUGGCGGUGAACACCAAUGGAAAGACCUCGCAGCCUGGGUUGCCGACGAGGUUCAUCGUCAAGGAUAUAUACCCGAGUCUAGGACUCAGUCCGUUACAUUUGAAGAUGUGAUAAAAAAUGGGUACAAGGCUGGAAUUGCGUGGGCCAUCAACUCGAGAGGAGAAUCGGAGAGAGCGAGGAAGUUUCUGGGAUGGGAGCCCAAGGCACCGUCUCUCAAAGACACAGUUUCUGAUUCUGUGACUUGGAAAGCUGAGGUUCUCGGUCUGAAACCUAAGUACAAAUGA